GCUCGGCCGUUCGGGCAUGAAACCAUUCUGUAACGAAGACUCACAGCUGCAAAACGUAUUGGCCAUGGCCAUAAAGAAGCGCCAGGUGAAGCGCCUGAUGCGCAAGUUCAUCUUUCUCAUAAUGAUCAUCGCGUUCAUCUCGCUGCUGACCACAGUGAUUGUGGAGAAGCGUCUGGGCAAAGCGAAGCCAUCGGACGAGGUGGACGAAAGUAAUUUGGAUCCAAACGGAGAUCCGAUAACGCCGCAAUUUCGUGCUGCCCAUGUGGAGCCGAUGCGUCGACAGGCCCGCCCACCGUUUCAGGAUCGGAAUUCUGUGCGUGAUCCUGAGCCGGACCAGCAAGUGGAGCACCCCCAGCCAGAGGUACUGAAAAUGUUUACGCUGCCAACGCCGCUGGGCGAGCGUAGGGACUGGCACGAUUACAAGGCAAUGGAAGCGGACAAAGCACGCAUCGGCAUGGGCGAACACGGACAGCCAGCCACCAUUGAUCCCUCGGAAAGAGACCUGGAACAGCAGGAAUACCGCAGGAAUGGCUUCAAUGGCUACCUCUCCGACAGAAUCUCGGUGAAUCGCUCAGUGCCAGAUGUGCGAAAAGAGGCUUGCAAGUCGCGCAAAUAUCUGGCCAAGCUGCCCAAUGUCAGUGUCAUCUUCAUUUUCUACAACGAACACUUUCAGACGCUUCUGCGCUCCGUUUACAGCAUCGUCAAUCGCACGCCUCCCGAGCUGCUUAAGCAAAUUGUGCUCGUGGACGAUGGCAGUGAGUGGGAGACGCUUAAGCAACAAUUGGAUGACUAUGUCGCUCUACAGUGGCCCGAUUUAGUUGACGUGGUGCACAAUCCCGAGCGACGUGGCCUGAUUGGAGCACGUCUAGCGGGCGCUAAGGUUGCCACCGGCGAGGUUAUGGUCUUCUUUGACUCGCACAUUGAAGUCAAUUAUAAUUGGCUGCCGCCGCUUUUAGAGCCGAUUGUCAUCAACAAUAAGAUAUCAACGUGUCCCAUUGUGGACAUUAUUGAUCACAAUAAUUUUGCCUAUAAUGGCGGCUAUCAGGAGGGUUCACGCGGCGGCUUCGAUUGGCGUUUCUUCUACAAGCAGCUGCCCGUGCUGCCCGAGGAUAGUGUGGACAAGUCCCUGCCGUACCGCAGUCCUGUCAUGAUGGGUGGUCUCUUUGCCAUCAGUUCAAAGUUCUUUUGGGAUCUGGGUGGCUACGACGAUCAGCUGGAUAUUUGGGGUGGCGAACAGUACGAGCUGAGCUUUAAGAUCUGGAUGUGCGGCGGCAUGCUGCUCGAUGUGCCCUGCUCGCGUGUUGCGCACAUCUUUCGGGGUCAAAUGGACCCGCGACCCAAUCCGCGCAAUUACAACUUUGUGGCUAGGAAUCACAAGCGAGUGGCUGAGGUCUGGAUGGAUGAGUACAAGCAGUUCGUCUAUCAGCGAGAUCCGGCGACCUACGACAAUCUCGAUGCGGGCGACCUAACGCGACAGCGUGCUGUCCGUGAGCGUUUGCAGUGCAAGUCUUUCGACUGGUACAUGAAGGAGGUGGCACCCGACUUCCUUGUCAAAUUCCCGCCAGUGGAUCCGCCUGCCUAUGCCUCGGGCGCCGUGGAGAGUGUGGCCUUCAAGAACUACUGUCUGGACUGCAUGAAUCUGGGCUCCAAUCAUCCCGUUGGCAUGUUCGCCUGCGCCCAGAAUCGCACCCAUCCACAGGAGAACCAGAACUGGGCGCUGACAGCUCAUCGCGAGCUGCGACGUUUGAACGAGGCCUGUUUGGAUGUGCAGGACUCGCAUCCGAAUGCCACAGUCUGGAUGUGGGACUGCCACAAUCAAGGUGGCAAUCAGUUCUGGUAUUACGAUCGCACGCACCAGUGGCUUGUCCAUGGCCUUCACGGCUCGAACUGCCUCGAGGCAUUCCUCGAAAAUGGCGUGGCAAAGGUCGUGACCAACAAAUGCAGCGAGUCGAAUGAGCGGCAACGCUGGAGCUUUGGCCAGGUCAACAAUGAUCUGUUGGAUCAUUUCUUUGAUGGCUUGCAAAAAUAAUUCGAAAUUAAACAUUUUAUAUUUCUGUAGAUUUUAGCUGGGCAUUUCUUAUGUUAAUUUAAA